AUGAUCCCGGUGCCGCCCCCGGUGCCGCCCCCGGUGCCGCCCCCGGUGCCGCCCCCGGUGCCGCCCCCGGUGCCGCCCCCGGUGCCGCCCCCGGUGCCGCCGAGGCAGGGCGGGGACCGGGUCUCGCCGCGGCCGCCGAGGUCGGGGUCCGGCCGAGCGCCUCCGAGCCCGGAAGGCACAGACUGCCUGCCUGGAGCCUCAGCUGGAGCAGCCUCUGGCUGGGGAGCUGCUGCCCCCUGCCCUCUGCUUCCCCCCAGGUACUUCCUGCUGGCUCGCACCCACCCGGACCCCAAGGCUCCUGCAGGCAAAGCCUUCACUGGCUUCAUUGUGGAGGCCAACAGCCCUGGCAUCCAGGUUGGCAGGAAGGAGCUGAACAUGGGCCAGCGCUGCUCGGACACCAGGGGCAUUGUCUUUGAGGAUGUGAGAGUGCCCCAGGAGAACGUCCUGAGAGCAGAGGGAGCAGGCUUCAAAAUCGCCAUGGGAGCCUUCGACAAGACCAGGCCGCCGGUGGCAGCCGGGGCCGUGGGCUUGGCUCGGAGGGCGCUGGACGAAGCCACCAAAUAUGCUCUGGAGAGGAAAACCUUCGGGAAGCUGCUGGUGGAGCACCAGGCAGUGUCCUUCCUGCUGGCUGAGAUGGCCAUGAAGGUGGAGCUGGCUCGCUUGGGCUACCAGAGAGCUGCCUGGGAGGUGGACGCCGGCCGCAGGAACACCUUCCAGGCCUCCAUCGCCAAGGCCUUCGCCGGCGACGUGGCCAACCAGGUGGCUGCAGAUGCAGUGCAGAUCUUUGGGGGCAACGGCUUCAACACUGAGUACCCUGUGGAGAAGCUGAUGAGAGAUGCCAAAAUCUACCAGGUGAGUGCAGGGCAGCAGGGGACCUGCGGGGAGGCUGCCUGGCACAGCUGGAUGUAUGAGGGCACUGCCCAGAUCCAGAGGCUGAUCAUAGCUCGGGAGCACCUGGGCAAGUUCAAGGGCUGA